AUGUCAACAUCAAGAGAAAGAAAGUCAACCAAAAUUAUUAAUGAAUCUAGAAGACUAAGAAGCUUAGACCUCGAAAGUAGCAUACAGAGGGAAAAUAGUAAAACUCGAAGAAUAUAGACAGUAAUUCUAGAGAUAUUGAGUAUCUCCCCAACUACAAGCAAGCUCUACCCAAAGAAACAACGGAAAAAUCAAACAUUUCGAAGAAAAAUCGUAAAAUAGUUGAAUCCCAGGCUGAAUACUUAGAACAAAGAAGAGCAAACUCUAAGUUAGAGAGGGCCAGAAAGACAAGAAAGCAACACAAGGAAAUAAGCAAAAUACUUAACCAUACUCUGGAUGGGAACAAUAAGAGCAAAUAUGCUAAAGACUAUAUCCAAAGAAAAGUAGACCACCGGAUUCAAGAAAUUAAACAACUUUCCAGUGAGAAAAGGAAGAACCGUAUUGAAGACACCCAUAUUAUAGUCCAAAACAACUCCAAAAAGGAUGGAUUCGAUGAAUCUAAGAACUAUUACCAUGUAUUUCAUAUGAAUCCUGAUCGAGACACAUCUCCUGGCAAACCGAAGUUUAUGAAGAAUCAUGAAUUUGGGAAGCUGAAACAGGAUGAAAAUUUUCCUAAGAAAUCUGAUAAUCUUACUAGGACUCUAUUUCAUGACAACCUUUGUAAUAAGAAUAGAGGAGAUGCUAACAUAGCCGAGGAACAUGAUGCCAAUGAUGAGCAGAAGGGCUCUGAUUUGAGAGUAAAACACGAGAACUCAAAUACACUCGAGACUAGAACAUGUUCCGGCCUCACUUCUACUGAAGAUCUAUUCCAAAAAGUGGCUACAUAUGAUAAGAAUGCAAUCCAAGAUGAGAAAUCUGAGUUCCAAGAGGCUAAAGACAGAGCGAUAAUGGAGGGCAAAAAUAGAAUCACACAGUUAGAAAAUAUCGUUAAUGAUCUCAGAAUACAGAUUAAAUACUUAAAUGAUCAUGACUGAAACGAAGAUCUUAUCGAGAAGAUCACUCAAUAUCAAAAAUUAAUCGAAUUACAGAUAGUUGACACCUUGAAUCUAUCUAGCUUUAAAUAUUUGCAAAAAUGCAUCAAUGAGAUGAUUUCUCUGAACAGAGAAAGUUCAAAUGGGCUUCAGAUCCGAACUUCAAUAGAUUCUUUGGAGAUAAAAGAAGAUAAGAACUUCUUAUCUCCAAAAAACUCGGGAUAUUAUGAAAAAUCUCAGCCAGUAAAGACUUAUGUAAAGAAGGUAAAUCAAGCUAAAAACUCAUUCCCCCUUGCUGAGUCAAAGAUCAUGUCAACUCUCCCUAAAGACCUGAAAAAGAAGAAACAGCUCGAGCCUGUAAAGGAGCUUGAGAGUCAUGACUUAUUCGUACCUUUAACAGUGAGAAAUUCUAACAAAAAUUCGCAAGCAUUCAAGAAGCAAGUUGAUAAACACCGGGCCUCAAAGAAGUUGGGUGGUAAGAAGACAUCCUGACCGGGCAAGACCCUGCAGAAGACUAUUCAUGAGAAGUCUUCGAGCCUGUAUCAAGAGUUAAAAGAUAUGAAGAAUACGACCUCUGGUCUUCUUAGUACCAAAAACCAUACGAAGAAAAGGAUCAAGCAACAUAUGCUAAAACACAAGAGACAUUCUGUAGCCACUGACUAUGACUCAGAGAUUAAUAAGAGGUUAGACCAGGCGAUUGGAAUGGCUAGUCAAACAAAGAGCAGUUUUAAGCAAAAGACCUCUAAGAUCACAAAUCUCAGAAAUGCUUUACUUCAGAGCAAGCCAGUCUGUCUCACUCAGGAGAACCCAUCUAGCUCUCAUGAGCCUUCAGAUAUCCGCCCUCAGACUCAAAAGAAUGCUUAUCCGGCUAGAAGCUAUUUUUGGGAGAACACUUGUCUGAAUUCUCCCUCUAAACUGGCAGAUACUUUUGAGACUGUAGAAGCUGACCUAUACUAUGACUCGGAAAAGUGUGAGCUGUCCUUUUCAACAGAAAAAAUCCAAAAGCAAAGGUCAAAAAGAGAUAUGCCGCUGGUUCUUCCUUCGAAAAUUCUUAAAUAUUAAUCAUCAGUAUUGCUUAUUUGAAAA